AUGAAAGACCUUGUAACCAAGAAAUGGAAGGUUAUCCAUGAGCCGGAGGAUAAUCUUCUCCAUUGUGGUGCUAUCUUUACAAGCUAUUUAGUGCAGAAAAAGGCAGACCUGGGAGCAUUUACCACCCCGUGUACUAUUGGCCCCCAGAAGUUCAUAAAAGCACUAUGCGAUCUAGGUGCCAGUAUGAAUUUAAUGCCACUGGCUGUAUCCAAGAAAUUGGGUUUGGGGCAUCCUAUCCUAACAAAUAUGCAGUUGGUAAUGAUAGAUAGGUCUGUGAAGAGGCAUGUGGGCAUACUGCAUGAUGUUUUGGUAAAGGUAGCCAAUUUUUUUCUGCCUGCUGAUUUUGUGGUCUUAGAUUGGGAGGUGGAUUUUAAAGUGCCUAUCAUCUUGGGUAGGCCAUUGCUUGCAACUGGGAGAGUGCUGGUAGACAUUAAGUUAAAUGAGCUAAAGUUUAGGUUCAACAACAAAGAAGCAUGCUUCAAAAUACAACCAUCCAUGAUUUAUCCAAAAGAGAUGAGUGUGUUCUCAAUCGUUGGCAUCUUCAACGAUGAUGGUAAAGGGGUAUCAACUGGUUAUCUUGGGAAAGCCUGA